AUGGAGACAAGGAUGGCCCAACCGCCUCCCCAACUCACUCACACUCCACCCCAACAUUCCGUGCUUUGUGGAAGCAUUCAGGAGAAGUCACAUCAUAUAACUUAUUUGGAGGGUUUUCGCGUCGAAUCGUGUCCCCUCUUCAAACAACAUCAAUGUCAACAACACAGACCGUACACUUGUUUUAAUUGGCACUUCGCGAAUCAGAGGAGAAGAAAACCGGUGAGAAGAGUGGAUGGUUCGUUCAACUACUCGCCCGAUAUCUACUGUGAUAAAUAUGAUGAGAACACUGGGAUCUGCCCGGAUGGAGAUCAAUGUCCAUACCUUCACCGAGUCAGUGGAGAUGUUGAGCGAAAAUACCACCUUCGCUAUUACAAGACGGCUCAAUGCGUUCAUCCGACUGAUCAACGGGGACAAUGUGUGAAGAAUGGGGCACAUUGUGCUUUUGCUCACGCACCACAAGAUCUCCGACAACCCCAGCACGACACAAGUGAAGCUGCUUACGCUGGCUGUGUUGGUGAUACUGAUGGAAGAGAUAGGACAUCGUUUGUCAUCGAUGAUCCACUUUGGCAUAGGCAAGAUCAUGUGCUCUCCUGUUACAAGACUGAGCAAUGCCGAAAGCCGGCCAGGCUAUGCAGACAAGGCUACGCUUGCCCUUUCUAUCACAACAGCAAAGAUCGGCGGCGACAACCGGCGAUUUUCAAAUAUCGAUCAACACCCUGUCCGGCGGCGAAAACUGUGGACGAGUGGCUUGACCCGGAACUCUGUGAACAGGGAGACAACUGCGGCUAUUGUCACACGAGAACCGAGCAGCAGUUCCAUCCCGAGAUCUACAAAAGCACAAAGUGCAAUGAUAUGUUAGAGCACGGUUACUGUCCGCGUGCCGUUUUCUGCGCCUUCGCUCACCACGACUCAGAGAUGCAUGUACAAAGAACUCCAUACGCCUAUUCAAGUCAACACUCACCGAAAGAGCAUGGUAGUCCGGAUUAUCGCCUCGGUUCGCCGGCGGCUUUGAAUGGAAGCAUGAAUGGUCUCAAUAUAAAUGGAACAUAUCAGUCAAUGGUCAAGGGUCGGCCCAUUCCCAGCUCACAGGCGAUUCCGAACGCACAGCGAGCUUUCUCAACGAGUCGAGACGAUCUCAUGUCAAAUAGCUAUCCGAAAGCACCUGGUUUUGAGCGAGGCCCAUUAUCGCCAAACUAUCAACCGGAUCAACGCAAUCGCACCUACUCGCUGAACAUUGGGAAUCUGGAUAUGGCGAGAAAAGCCGCUCUUCUCUCCGGUCAAUGGGGUCCAACCCAAGUUGGUGAGACUGGAGGCCUUGCCGCUGCAUCAAAUCUCUGCCGUUCCGAUUCGGGCUUCCACGCUGUUUCAUCAACAAUGGAGGAGUUGAGCCUCGACUUGGCGCCCAUUGAUGAAAACCGUGACUCUUCGAAGUUCAGCGAUCUUUUCAGCACAUCUUUACCAUCACCAAUGCGCCUGAAAAUGCCGCCACCGGUUCCCCAGCAAAUCCCUCAACAACAAGACGGUCCUCAGCCAUUCCACACUCCGCCAUUCACCGAGAAUCAAGCGAUUUUCCAGCAGAAAAUCCCGAUGACCUCACCCGGAGGAGCAAAUGUUUUCACAGCGUUUCCAGCUGCUAAACACCCGCAUGAUGUUGGCAUGGAGUACAAUGGAGGUGCAAGCAGUGUACCGGAUAAGUUCCAAACUUCGAUAAUCGAGGAGAGAUUGAAAGAGGCGCGUCACGCUUGCGAGACGUGGAGAAACAGUGCCGAGUACUACAAGAUGAUGGCUGACAAGGCGAUGUUUGAGAAUAAUCAACUUCGUCAACAACUCGACGGCAUCCGACUCCAGGGUGGCGCAGCUGUCACUCCGACCGUUGAUUUCACUGCUCCACCACCAAACGCUUCGGCGAAUUUCAACAUUUUUGGGAAUCCAACCGACGACGUCUGGAGACCCCUUCCCGCUCCGGAUUCCCCAUCCAAUAGCCAC